GCAUAUAUUUAUUUUUUAUUUAUUUAACUAGGCAAGUCAGUUGAGAAAAAAAUAUUAUUUAAAUGAGGCUGGGUGUCGCGAUAAGUUCCAGACAUCUCCUGUGAUUACCUUUAGUUGAUGUUCUUUGUUUUAGCCAAGGCCAGUGUGCGUCCUUCAGAAAUGUGAUUUCAUAUUUCUUACAAUUAUGUGUUGUGGACGCACUCCUUUGUUAUGCUAAAUCGCGUUUUUACCGCGAGCUCGUAACUGUAAACUUUCUAACCCUGUUGUUUCUGUCAUCUCAUUUCAGACAUUUAGCAUUUCAGUGUCGAGUUUUAUGCCCAGUGGUUAUAUGGAUGUAUACUGUAUAGAUUAUGUGGGUAUUUUGUUAGCAUUGAGCCUUGUGGAUGCAUUAUACAUUCAAGUUCAUGCAGUUGUGUAAGGAUGAUGGUGCUGCUCAGUAGUACUGUGUACUGUAGUUGCACACCUCGGAUCAUUCAUUUGUGAAGUCACAGCCAUGUCAUUAGGUGCAGCAGAUAAGCUAUAAAUAAUAUUGCUACAAUAUGUACUGUAAUUGGAGGUUGUAGUAAGCCUAUACCUGCCAUUUACCAUUGUACUUAAUUUCCCCCUUUUCAGAACCGUACACACUCUUGGUUAAAACACAAUUGUCAAGCAAUACGCUGUUCUGUGCCGUUACUGCUCUAUGUGAAUCAGCGUCAUUAAACAACCUCAACUGGAAUCCUACCGGUCUGUCAUCUGUGCCCUUACCAGCACCUGGAAGAGAACACAGUGCUAAGUAAAACCUAACCCUAAAGAAUAUCCAGUCCACCAAGUCCUCAACUACAACUUCCGAAGAUUUAAAAUAGGGUCUAAGCUACAACAUAAACUCAGCAAAAAAAGAAACAUCCACUCACUGUCAACUGCGUAAAUUUGCAGCAAACUUAACAUAUGUAAAUAUUUGUAUUAACAUAAGAUUUAACAACUGAGACAUAAACUGAACAAGUUCCACAGACAUGUGACUAACAGAAAUUGAAUAAUGUGUCCCUGAACAAAGGGGGAGUCAAAAUCAAAAGUUUACAGUCAGUAUCUGGUGUGGCCACCAGCUGCAUUAAGUACAGCAGUGCAUCUCCUCCUCAUGGACUGCACCAGAUUUGCAUGUUCUUGCUGUGAGAUGUUACCCCACUCUUCCACCAAGGCACAUGCAAAUUCCCAGACAUUUCUGGGGGAAUGGCCCUAGCGCUCACCCUCCGAUCCAACAGGUCCCAGACGUGCUCAUUGGGAUUGAGGUCCAGGCUCUUCGCUGGCCAGGGCAGAACACUGACAUUCCUGUCUUGCAGGAACUCACGCACAAAACAAACAGUAUGGCUGAUGGCAUUGUCAUGCUGGAGGGUCAUGUCAGGGUGAGCCUGCGGGAAGGGUACCACAUGAGGGAGGAGGAUGUCUUCCCUGCAACUCACAGCGUUGAGAUUGCCUGCAAUGACAACAAGCUCCAUCCGAUGAUGCUGUGACACACCGCCCCAGACCAUGACGGACCCUUCACCUCCAAAUCGAUCCCGCUCCAGAGUACAGGGUUCGGUGUAACACUCAUUCCUUCGACAAUAAACGUGAAUCCGACCAUCACCCCUGGUGAGACAAAACCGCAACUCGUCAGUGAAGAGCACUUUUUGCCAGUCCUGCCUGGUCCGGUGGGAACGGUGGGUUCGUGCCCAUAGGCAACGUUGUUGCCGGUGAUGUCUGGUGAGGACCUAACUGACCUACCGUCUGUAAGCUGUUAGUAUCUUAACGACCGUUCCACAGGUGCAUGUUCAUUAAUUGUUUAUGGUUCAUUGAACAAGCAUGGGAAACCGUGUUAUAACCCUUUACAAUGAAGAUCUGUGAAGUUAUUUGGAUUUUUAUGAAGUAUCUUUGAAAGACAGUGUCCUGAAAAGGGGCCGUUUCUUUUUUUUGCUGAGUUUAUAUAAGCACAAAAAAAUAACUCACCUGUUGAUAUCAAUGGUACACCAUUAGAGAUCAAGUUAUUCUGUACCUUAGCUUUGAAAUGUUUUGAUAAUUUGAUAUCCUUGCUCGCUGUGUAUAAUACUGGAGCUGCCACCUUGCCAUGGUGGGGUAGAUUGCACAUUUUUGUGAUGUGUCCCUGUGGGCUGUAACAACAGCAACCGAAUUUAGGCUCUUGCAGGUUUAACAAUCCAGCCGUGCCAAUAAUCACAGUAAUGCUUACCCUCUUGCUUAUUAUUGCUUUAUUUGACAGCCGGAGGAAGCACACAGUACCUUUAGGAAUUUAAGUUAAUUUUUUUACAUUCAUAGGCUGUCUGUUGAUAAAGCCUGAAAUCUGUUACAAAUGGAGAUACUGAGGAGCUGAACAUGCACUACGGAAAAACAAAUGCUAAGAGAAAGGGAUAAGGGCGUAAAAUAGAGAAAGAGUGGUGGUUAGAGAGGAAGAGACAGCGAGAACUAAGACAGAAAAAGACAAGUAUAUAUGCUUAGGGAGGUAAAAAUAAGAACCGUAGAUAGAUGGAGAGAAUGUAGGAGAGCGAGGGGGAGCAAAUACAUUGGUGUCAGUGCAGCCACUUCCUGUGAUCAGAGAGAGAGAGAGAGAGAGAGAGAGAGGGAGGGAGAGAGAGAGCCCUCUAGAGCUAGCGCCCAUCAUUCAGCCCAGGACCAAAAGAGAGGGAUCAUCACCCGUGUCCUUGCAGAGAAAUAGAGAAAAGAGGAUGACCAUUAUAUGGAGGACAGGUGUCAUGCUGAUGCUGAUGUUUUUUUCUUCUGCAGAGGCUUCAUUGAAUGAACCGGUCAUCUGCUACAUACUGGACGGAGUCCUGAUUCUCUACUCCAUCAUCACCACCGUUCUAUUCUUCAAAGUGAAGUGGGGCAAGUCUGUAACUGCACCUGUGGAGGACUCCACAUAUGCAGAACUCCUGACGGGUACUAUUGCUGACGACUAUGAGGAUCUAAGGACUGACCAGACUGCAGCUACUAGACGGAAGCGCAGACAGGAAGCUAGUAGCGACACAUACCAGGCCCUCCAGAUAAAAGAUGAUGGGAGUGAGGCCUACCAGGUGAUCGAGUCCAAGGGGAGGACUCGCAAGAAGGACAAGAAAGCCAAGGUCCCCCAGCCUCUCAGUGCAAACACCCAGACUCAGACCCGGCCCUCCGCCCUGCCAUCACCUCCAAACUGAUCUGACCCAGUCAGCCCUCGGCACGGAGGCAGCUGUUUACUCCAUUGGCAGAUAUCCCCUGCACUGAUCCCAGUCAGCCAUUGGCACGGAGGCAGCUGUUUACUCCAUUGGCAGAUAUCCCCUGCACUGAUCCCAGUCAGCCCUUGGCACGGAGGCAGCUGUUUACUCCAUUGGCAGAUAUCCCCUGCACUGAUCCCAGUCAGCCCUCGGCACAGAGGCAGCUGUUUACUCCAUUGGCAGGUCUCCCCUGCACUGAUCCCAGUCAGCCCUCGGCACAGAGGCAGCUGUUUACUCCAUUGGCAGAUCUCCCCUGCACUGAUCCCAGUCAGCCCUCGGCACAGAGGCAGCUGUUUACUCCAUUGGCAGAUCUCCCCUGCACUGAUCCCAGUCAGCCCCUCGGCACAGAGGCAGCUGUUUACUCCAUUGGCAGAUAUCCCCUGCACUGAUCCCAGUCAGCCCUCGGCACAGAGGCAGCUGUUUACUCCAUUGGCAGAUCUCCCCUGCACUGAUCCCAGUCAGCCCUCGGCACAGAGGCAGCUGUUUACUCCAUUGGCAGAUCUCCCCUGCACUGAUACCCCAGUCAGCUUAUAUCUCUGAAGAUAACAGCAUAGAAGGUUAUCUGCUUUCUAGCUAUAGCAGUGUUCUACUCCUGAGCUCAACUCCCUGCUCUGUUAUUGCAUGUUACAAA